AUGGGGAACGAACAUUCUAAUUUGGCUUGUUGUGGACGGGACCACGAGAGCGACGAGGCAUACCUCAUCACACAAGCGAGACACGAGAACUCAGAAAUCUUGAAAGCUCGGAUGCUGUCGAUGCAGAAGCCAUACUCGAUGGGGAAGGGGGACCUGCAUGACCCUCGGUUGAGGAAUGGGAUGACGAGCAUCUCGAGAACAUCUCUUCAAUCGGCGAUCAGCCUUCUCAACUAUCAAGACUCAGGAAAUAACGACGAUGACAAGAGCGUCGCCACAACACCGCGAGUGUUGUCCUUUCAAUCCACCAAAGCUCCGAUUCUGUCUCCUCGAUCCGCGGCCAUCACAUUGCACAUGGCGUGCCGGAAGAACAAGAGCAAGAGAGGAAGCUACUUGCAGUCUAUGAGGGAGGAAGACCAGCUGAGCGACUACAUCGCUACCGUAGACACCAUCGGAUGCCGGCUAGCAGAAGAAACGCAAGAUGAGAAGAGGAUUCCGCCUGCCCAGCUCCAAGAGAAGGUCCCUGUCAAUGUUGAGCAAGAGAGCGAUGCGGAAGAGAUCUGCCAGGGUCAGCAGGAGGAAGUCAAGUGGAUCCCUCAGAUCCGAGCUCUCGAGCCUGAAGUCGACACCUGCCUCGACUUGGUAAAGGACGUGAGGCGGUUGCGCCAGGAGAGAUCUGCGCCUGGCUCGCCAUUAGCAGUAUCAGAUUGA